ACUCGCAAAGAUGACGCUUGCCGUCCAGGCCAUGCGGCUGGUGGUCUGCAUCGUGGCGUUUCCCAUGUUUCUGCUGAACCUUCUAGGCAUGUGGAGCUGGGUAUGCAAAAAGUGCUUUCCCUACUUCCUGAAGCGGUUCGCCAUGAUAUACAAUUGGAAGAUGGCGAGCCUAAAGCGGGAGCUCUUCAGCAAUCUGCAGGAGUUCGCCGGCCCCUCGGGGAAGCUAACUCUGCUGGAGGUGGGCUGCGGCACCGGGGCCAACUUCAAGUUCUAUCCCCCCGGGUGCAGGGUCACUUGUAUCGACCCCAACCCCAACUUUGAGAAGUUCUUGUUCAAGAGCGUCGCAGAGAACCGGCAGCUGCAGUUCGAGCGCUUCGUGGUGGCAGCCGGGGAGGACAUGCACCAGGUGACCGAUGGCUCUGUGGACGUGGUGGUCUGCACCCUGGUGCUGUGCUCGGUGAAGAACCAGGAGAAGAUUCUGCGCGAGGUGUGCCGAGUGCUGAAGCCGGGAGGGGCUUUUUACUUCAUAGACCAUGUGGCAGAUGAACGGUCUACCUGGAAUUACUUCUGGCAGCAGGUCCUGGCUCGUGUGUGGUUCCUUGCUUUUGACGGAUGCAAUCUGACCAGAGAGAGCUGGAAGGCCAUAGAGCAGGCCAACUUCUCCAAGCUGAACCUGCAGCACAUCCAGGCCCCGCUCCCCUUGACCUUGGUGCGGCCCCACAUCUAUGGCUAUGCUGUGAAAUAGAGUGAGGUGGUGGGAGAGAUCCGGUCUGCUCCACGCUGGUUCCAGGCUUCCGUUUUAGAUGUAAAAUUCUCACUGGGAGGGGUGAAAAUCAAAUUCAUCCCUACAGGUUUCUGUUUAGCCAUUUUCUAUGUUGUUUCUUACCGAAUCAAAACCAAAUCAGAGCAGCUUUGAACUCUCCCUCCAAAGGGACCGAAGGUCUCUCAUAGGCCUUUGAAAAGGAAGCAGUGGGGGAGACUUACAGCUUGCAAACCGAAUAAAUAAAUCCCAGAAAAUGGAAAAUCCACGGCUGACUAACACAGGAACACCUCCUUCCCUCCCCCAUCCCGGUAAGAAGGAAUCAGAACCCACUUGCUAUCCUGGUGUUACUAGUCUGCUUUGGCUGCCACCUGUGCUCUAGCCAGUGGCCUGUCCUUCGGCUCAGGGUUUUGCCACUGGCUGCUGCAUUGUCCUGCACGCCACAGCUUGUAUAAGUGCACCUGACACACCAGCGUCAUCACAGAACUGCACAGAACAGAUGGGAAUUCUCUGUUUAAUUUCCCAUCUUAUCUAGCACAUACUUUGCUGAAUAUAAUUACCGUAGGCAGUAGAAGGCCACUAUAGUUAGGGAAAUGGGUACAGUAUGUAGGGGACCCUAAAAGUAAUGCACGAGAGUAGUUACCAAGGACUCGGGGUGCGGGGGGGGAGGGAUUCUUCUGGUCAAAUAUCACUGGUCCUGAGUGGUUGGUGGCAGAGCCUCAAUCCCAGCUCUCAGGUGGCAGAGGUAGGUGGAUCUCUGUGAGUACAGCCUGAUCUACAGAUGGAGUUCCAGGACCGCCAGGGCUACACAAAUAAACCCUGUAUUGAAGAAGAAGAAAAAUUCCACUGGUCCUGAAACAAAACCAUGGAUAUCAUUGUGUUCAUACAGAGAGCAAGUCUGGGUGGGCCCAAGGGUUUCAGCUGCAUUUGUAUGUAUGGAUCUAAACAAAUGUAUAUUUUUCAAGAUGAUUUUGCAGAAGUUAUAUUUUAAAUGUUGAUCAAUACAUUUAUAUUCAUUU